AUGGAACAGCUCUUCAACCUCUUCACCGACCUGAGCUCCAAGGAGGCCAAGCCACGCGGUGAGGUCCGCGCUUCCCCUCGCCAGCCAGAACCCGAUUCUGGAGAGCUCAGAGAGCCCAGGGAGUCCAGAGAGUCCAGAGAAUCUAGAGAGCCUAGAGAAUCUAGAGAGCCUAGAGAAUCUAGGGAUCCAAGGGAUCCAAGGGACCCAUUCCGGGAUCCAAGAUAUGCGGACAGCACUGUCAGCUUCCUGGACAACGCCACCCUCCGGGACAAUGCGAGCUUCCGGGACAACGCCACCUUCCGGGGCAAUGCGAGCUUCCGGGACAACGCCAGCAUUCGGGACAACGCCAGCAUUCGGGACAACGCCAGCAUUCGAGACAACGCCAGUAUUCGGGACAAUGCCAGCAUAAGGGACGUCCAAGGAACCUGGAGAGAGGGAACCACCUCUGGCCGAAGACCCAGGAGCACCCGGGAGCGCAGCAGGGGCGCCAGAGACUCGAGCAGAGACGCCAGAGAUCGCAGCCGAGAUCCCAGGGACACGACCUCCGAUUCCAGGGACGGCGCCAGAGAUUCUAGGGACGCCACCAGAGAUUCCAGGGAUGCCACUACGGAUUCUAGGGACGCCGAAAGGGAGGUCCGGGAAUUCGAUAGGGAUUCCAGGGAAUUCAGGGACCCCCAUUCCGACAUCUACGAAGCUACCGAGCUCGGCCCACCGCCCUACCAAGAGAUCGCCGAAGCCCAUGCGCCACCGCCUGUUCACGACAUCAGCAAUGACGGUCUCCCGGCCACCCACCCUUCCGGCAUCUCACCAACAGAGCGCUGCGUCAAGGAUGCCAUCUCUGUGCCCAUAGACUGGGUCAUCCACCCCUCGGCACCGCAUUUUGUGAUAUGUGGCCGGUGCUACGUCGAUCGCAUAUACGAAACCCAACAGUGGCGCCGUGACUUCAUCAAGUACAGACCCAGCACUGGCUUGUCGCUCAGGUGCCAUCUCGGCGCCAUCCCACACAUGGACAAGCGCUGGAGCAAAGUGCACACUGCCGAUGAGUUUCUCUCCUUCUUGAAAAUCAUGCAGCGUAAGAAAGUCCCCCAAUACUGUCCUGGUGAUGCCUUUCCCACUUCUGGUGUGAGUUGGUUCUCUACGCAGUCCAUCCCAGGCAUGAGAAUAUGCCAGGAAUGCCGCCAGAAGCAUUUCGGUGGCACUCGCUUCUCCAAAUACUGGUCCCAUGAUGACACCCCUGGCCCCUCCAUUUGCCACGGGGCGUUCCACUAUACUCAGCGUAUGGUGGAUGCACUUUUUGAAAAUGAUGACUGGGACCAUUUCGCGGAGCUGAUGCAGAUUCGUAUCCGAUUUGCCGGCUGCUCCCAACAGCGGAAGAAUGCCAACGGUGAUGAUUCCGAUGGUGGCUGGUGGUACAAGUAUACCAAGAGUCUGACCAGAGACCUGUACAUUUGUGAAGCCUGCUACUUCGAUCAUGUCUACAAAACAGACAGGGAAGGUUCUUUCACAUUGGGUGACAGGCUGCCCGUCAAGCCGCAGUGCAUGGCCAGUCUCAAGGGUAACCAGACCUCGGAGACUGCAGACAUCGAAUACAAUCGUGCUGAGAUCAUGCGCCUCGUCCACGGAACAGACAGGCGGUGCUACGCCCAGGGCACCGUGGGACUCAAGUGGUACACCACCCCGAACAACCCUCGUGGCUACGGCGUCUGUGAGGGAUGCUUCAUAGGCAAGAUCAAGCCCUUGGGUGGUGAAAAGUACUACAAGGUGAAGAACGAUGUCGGGAAGAAGUCAUCAUUCGCUUGCUGGAUGAACGCCUACCACCCCUUCUUUCGGCGCCAUGAAAAGCUGCUGACGGAGGGGCUGAUACUGGGAGACCUGAGCCGCCUCGAGAGCACCAUCAUGCGGUUCAGCAGACUGCCGGGUUGCCAACAGGGCGGCAUGGGCCAGGGCAAGAGCAAGCGCUGGUGGGGGUGGAGGUCGCUGCGCAUAUGCGCGGCAUGUGUCAAGGGAGGGCUUUUGGCAGAAACGCCGGCCGGGAAGAAAUUUGAACUGCACGGAGAGAAGGAUCCGUACCAUCGUUUCUGUGAUCUGCAUUCCAUGCAGCUCAGGGACCGGUUCCAUCAUGACGAUGUGAAUUCGCUGUUAGAGUUUGCCAGGAGGAGGCAGGAGAUGCUUCUUUGA